UGUUUCGCUGACAUUUAAACCUUAAAUGUCUCUUCCGACGUGGCAGCUCGUCGGCUUUAACGAGUGACUGUAUUUCCUUAAUGCCACAUGACUAAUAUUUACAAUAAUGUAAGGAAACGUUUAGUCACGCCAACAGCCGAAUGUAACGAUACAGGAAUCCAGCGGUCAUACAGUCUUAAUUCACGAGCUUUUUAUUAAGGCAACAAAACUGUCGAAGAAAGUCCGUCUCCGUCGGAGCUGACGUCACAAUCAUUUUGUCACACUUAUUUUGAAAGGCGUCGCUCCGUUUCCGGUCCAUUCUCGCGUUACCGAGCAACGACGAACGCUACGGGAGAGCUAGCGGGUGGCCUGGCUAGCGUUAGCUGCUGCGGGGGUUAGCUCCCCUGAACAUGGACGAAGACGCAGACCUGGACGAACUGCUGGACGAAGUCGAACAAAAGUUCUGUCGCAACGUCUCCGUCUCGUCCUCGGCUCGCGUGGACCCGGGCGAGGCGGGAGAAUGCGGGAGAGACAACGCAGGAAGAAUAAAACACAAGACGACGAGCCCCGGCCUCGCCGCCGACAUCGACGUUCUUCUGGAGGAACUCCUGGCGGAGGACUUCCCUCAGCUCAAGAGGGAAGCGUUUCCCGAAGGACCCCAAGUAGAGACGAAGCCUUCCGCUCAGUCAGGAGGGAGAAAGUGCUGCCCCGUCUUCGUCGGCGGGAGCGCCGUCGCGAGCGGCGUUGGCACGGCAACGUCCAAGAGGUCAUGUGACCAGCUGAGGUGCACGUCCUGCGACUUCCGGGUACUGACGUUUGACGACCGCGCGUGGGACCCGUCCUGCGACUACCUGUUCCUCAGGAACAACGUCCCGGACCGGGAGAAGCUGGGGGCCCGGCUGAGGAGGAGCGGGGGCUCUCGGGCCUUCGCCUGCCAGUGCAGCUGGUUCUCAGCCGACGAGCCGACGGACCUCAGGGAGCAGCCUCGGCUCCGGUGGGUCUGUGGGAAGCACCAGGCCUGAGGCCGGAGAGUCUGCUACGUCCCACGGGACUGACUGACGCUCUGCCGGAGGACAGCUCCAGCAAACCUCACGUCACCUGACGAGAAGAAGCGUGUGACGCUGAUUCAAAAACACACACGUGUUUAUUGAAGAGCGAGCAGCUGUUCAGCCACGUUUUCACUAGACUUACAAACCCCCUUUUUCCCUUAAAGAUGAACAUUUAUAAGUAAUACACAUUUUUGGACUGGGUUAGUUGUACAGAUGCCGAAUUGAAAAAGUAAAAGUUGUAUUAUUAACUACGAUUUGUGUGCCUAGCGCUACAAAUGUUGUGUGGCUCCAAGUUUAAAGAGCAAAGGAGCCUGAAAACUUGAGUUUUUGGAUCGAUCAACUUGGUCAAAACGUGAUUUUUACUGAAUCCACUCUGAACAUUCAUGUCCCUCAGAGGAUCCUCUCGGUACAGAUUAUUAUAAAUUAGAAUAUGAGUGAAUGUGUACUGUGUUUUUUUGUUGAUUUCGAGCAGCAUUGUGUUUGUGGCCUGAAGUCUUCUUUUGGUGAGUUUUUUUGUACGUUAACCGAAUAAAAGGAGAAAGCACCGAGGUA